AUGAUUAAAAUUAUUUUAUGUGUCCUUCUAACUUUUGCAUUUACUAUGAACACCAGUGUUGACUCGAAAAAUGCAGCUACAAAUAACAUAUCUUACAUAUCGGCAAAGCAUAACAUUCGUAGAUGCAAGCCUUAUUUAUCCAUUUUUACAAGAAUGAAGAAUUACACUAUUAAGACUAUAUAUAAGACAAAACUUUUAACAUAUGUAAAUGAUAUAAACAAUUUAAAUUUAUUAAAUGACAAGAAUGAGUUUUAUUUGAUCUCCCUACCACUUAGCGAUAAAUUUAACCCGUUCGAUGGUACAUUUUGCCAUAACAAUAUUCAGCAUAGUGAUAAAGCCUCCUUACCUUUAUUUAUAUACGAUCUACUACUUAAUAAACAUAUUGAAGUUCCUUGGAAUUUUGUCAUCGAAAAAGUUGAUAUAAAAAAAAAAUUAAUUUAUCAAAAUAUGAGCAUGCUCGAUGUAAACAAGCUGUGUGAGUACCAAAAUAUUAACAAACUAGACAGGGUUUUCAUCAACGUUUUGGAUUUCAAAGCAAAAAAAAAUUUUAUCUUUUUGCCAACUUGGGUUAUGAAAUCGUUGCAGCUGAACUGCUUCGACGUAGUAAGACUAAGAUUCGUAAAAUUGGACACAGCCUCCAGUGUUAUUUUGCAGCCACACCAUAAAAAGUUCUUUGAAAUGAGCGAGCCAAAAAAAAAAUUAGAAGAGAAGUUAAGGUACUAUUCUUGCCUUACAAAAAACAGCACAAUACGUAUUAACUACGACUCCUUUGACUACUAUUUUGACAUUAUUAGACUUGACACUGAAAAAAAGAAAAAUGUUGAAGUGGCUUCUAUACAAGAUGCGGAUGUGGUUUUUGAUUUCGUAAAGGAAAAAUAUAAUACAUAA